AUGUCAGACCUCGAGAACGAACUUCUAGGGCUCGCCGAGGAUGAUUCGUCGAGUCAUCACAAGAAGCGCACAGCAGGAGGCCGCAAGAACCAUCAGUCCUACGAGGACUCUGAUGACAACGAGGGUGAGGAGGAGAUGGACAUGGACAUGGAUGAGGACAUGGAAAUGGAUGUCGACUCGGAGGACGACGCAACCGCCCAGUCGCGCCCUGUAAACAAGUCGAACCCUUACCCUUUGGAGGGCAAAUACAUCGAUGAAGACGACCGCGACUACCUUGACUCGCUGCCUGAAAUCGAGCGUGAGAACAUUCUCGCCGCGCGCCAGGAGGAAAUCCAAAAGUUCAAGGACGCGGCGCAGCUCGACGCCAUGUACAAGAUGGCUGCGGGGCAGGACGAAGACGAGGACGAUUACACGCCGAGGAAGCAACGAAAGCACACGAGCGUCACCGAUGAAAAGUACAGAGCUAUGAUGGACCUCAAGAACAAGAGGAAGUCCAAGGAAGAAAGGGCGCAGCGGAGGGCAGCAAAGCUGGCACAGGGCGGUCGCCGUGCACGUUCGUCAUCGUUAAACUCGUUAGAUGAUGCUUCGUCCGAAGAGGGGGAGAUCUCGCCGAGGGACUCGUGGCGACAUGCGUCUCCUUCGCGGGACAGACCGAGCGACAGCCGCCGCAAGGUCGAGGUAGAUAUCGACUCUAUGCCGCCAUCUUAUCAGGAGCUCAACGAGGCGACACUCGACCGCUACAAGCUUGUGGAGAUGAUGUACAAGGAUCAGUUCGAGGAGGUCAUCAAGAACGCUUACGUUCGUAUUCCAGCAGGGACGGACGACCAAGGGCGACCCAAGUACCGCGUACAUCGGAUCAUUGGCGUUGAAUCGGAGCACAGCCAUGGGAGGUAUACCGUCGAGUACAAGGGUCGUGAUGUCUCCGCCAGCCAUGCCCUCAUAUGUGCCUACGGCAAAGCGAAUCGACUGUACCGAAUUGCCGACAUCUCCAACACCGAGGUCUCAGAGGACGAGUUCUCUCGCUUCACCAUGACCAACAAGGCCGACAACGUCAAGAACCCAAGACGCUCAGAACUCAAGGCCAAGCAUGAGGAGAUUGUUGCGUUGCAUGACCGCCCAAUGACCGAGGACGAGGUCAACCGUCAAGUCGACGCUCGCAAACAGGCCAAUCCUCAAGCGCAACGCCAGAAGAUUGUGUUGCAAAUCACGUCCCUCAUGUCAUCCAAGCAGCUCGCCCUGCGUCGCAACGACCUUGAGACAGCAGCUUUCAUAGGCGACCAGAUUGCAAAGCUUGGAGCAGACCCAAACACCGGCGAGCUCCUCGAGGGAGAAGGAGACCUGUCCGAGUACGACCUCCGCAUUGCCAGGAUCAACGAGAACAACCGCCGGAAAACUCGUGAGACUAUGAUGAAGGCGCACGAGGCCGCUGUUGCGAAGAAGAAGGCCGAGGACGCCAUUGUCCGCGCAAAGGCAGCAGCUGCGUCGCAGGAGGCUGGGCAACCUACAAUAGUCAAGGAGAUUACGGUUAAAGCACUCCCUAUCGCAGGGAUGAGGAAGGGUGAGACUCCUCAGCAGUAUGUCGCUCGCACCGUCACGCUCGACCUGGGCGACUUCUAG